AUGGCGAGCAGGGCGACAGGGGCACUAGGCGACGAAAGCAGAACGACACGCAAGAAGAAGCAUCACAAGCAGCAGCAGCACCCCAUGAUGAAGAGCAACAAGAGGGCCGCGGACAAGCAUGCAAAGCAGCGUGAGAAGCGCCAGGACGAAGCUGCUGCGGAAUCUUCUAAAACACCAGAGGCACAGCAAUCAAGCGAGAGGCCACCGCUGACUGACCAAAAGGUGCAGCCAUCGACAGCACCUGCGGCUCCAUCGAAGACAACGUUGGUGCCCAUCAUUGCAGUCUUGGCGUUUGGCUGUUUCCUGAUACUUACCAGCGUGACGUUGCUCACUAGGUGGUUGACUGCUCCUAAGGUGGGCACGUGCACUACGCCCGGAUGCAUAGAACACGCAAGAGCGCUCAGAAACGCCAUGAACUCCUCGGUCCAGCCAUGCUCCGACUUCUACAGUUUCUCGUGCGGCUCGUGGAAGCCCGUCGGCAGCCAGCGUUCCAUAAUCGAGCAGAUUUUUGCCCGCUCGUUCCACAUCGCGGUCCAGGAACUGGAGAGGAACGCCAAGGACUCCGAUGUUCCGAUUGCGUCCCUGUACUUCCAAAGCUGUGUGGCCGUACGAUCCGACACUUCACUGAAGGAGGAGAUCCGCAAAUUCGCGCAGUUCAAGGGAGAUCUCGGCCUCUUAUGGCCCGAGGAAUGGCCCGUGAACAGCAGUGUGUCCAUGCCCCCGCUCAAGGUGUUGAUUAAUCUGACCGUUAACUGGAACAUCAACUUGGUCUUCAACAUACGGGCCAUGCCAGGGUACAAGGGCCGGCCCAGGGCACUCUUCAUCCAGCGAGGACGGGUGAAUCCCGAAUGGUCGAUUGAGGCGGCCGAAAAAAUGGACCGGUCGAUCAAAGAACACUGCGAGUACUUAGACGCUCCUGCGCCUACGUCGGAGCAGUUGAAGGAGAUAAGGGAUGCCUACCAAGCUGUGGUCAACGCAACCAUGAGCUUUAUACCAGACCCUAGGGAUGAGAAGAUGAUGGCGUUGAGGGAUAUUGACCAACGUACGAAGUCAAAGAAAGACAAGUGGCAGCUAUAUGUGAACGAUAUGUUCCUUCCAGAAUUCAACUGGCAACCCAACGACGUCGUGUUGGUCCAGCACUCGGACAUAAUUGACAACGUCGACCACCUGCUGGAAAGUAUGGAGGACGAGUCGCUCCUGUUGGGGAUCGCGUGGGUGUUUGUCCGCAUGAACCUCUGGACGAUCGUCGGAAAUCCACGUCUGCUUUUCAACGGCACCGAUAUCGAGCUCACGAAGCAAGUGCGCGGCUACUUGGCGUCCAUCUUCGCAAAUGUCAAAUCCCAGUACCAAAAAGGUUUCGCCGCCGCGACGUGGAUCGAAGACUCGGUCAAGGCAAAGCUGAGAGCUAAGAUGUCGGAAAGCUUAGACCUCGACUCUCUACCCGGCAGCCAGUUCUUUUCCAACUUCACAAUAGGGCAGUUGUACAAGGAUUUCCCGAAAACAAGUGGCUCGUUUUUCGACAAUUUCAUCAACAUAGCCAAGACAUUUCGUAAGAAGCUAAUCUCGGACGACUUCGUCAGUACCUUCUCCAAAAGUCUGGGGGACGGUUACGUGGCAACUUCCUACAGCUACUACUACAACAAGGUCUACUUUGCUGUCGGGGCGCUCGAGCCGCCGCUCUUCCAUGCCGAAGGCUCAUUUGGCAUCACGUACGGCUCGCUAGGCACGUUGCUGGCCAGUUCCAUAGCUCGAGCGUUCGACGACCAUGGCAUCAUGUAUGAGAAAGGAGCGGAAUCCCUUUGGUGGAGUUCGGGCCGUGACGCCUACGACGAGCGCUUCAAGUGCGACCUCAAAGCCGGCGCGGCUCGUUCCGGCCGCGACGCUACUCACGCCAGCGCACUGUGGUUGCCCGUGCUGGGCUUGAGGGCCUCGUACGACGCGUUCCGCGAGGCCGUGAAGGCCGAGCGCCUAGUGCACGUCUUCCAUCUCGAGGGCCUCGAGCAGUACAGUGACGACCAAGUGUUCUUCAUGACUUACUGCCUCAUGACCUGCGCCGCGGGCAGCAACGGCGACGAGUGUAACGUGCCCGUUCGCCAGUCGCGUAAAUUCGCCAAUGCCUUCAAGUGCGCUGAGGCCACGCCUAUGAACCCAAAGGAAAAGUGCCCUUUCUUUUAA